ACCUCACGUCUAGCGCCCUUUCCACUUUCUGCGUAAUUGCAGACGUCUUGGGAAACGAGUCUUUCCACUACGCUCUUUGUUUCAUUAGCAUCACAUGCAACCCGGUGGGUUGGUGCAGUGAAAGUGAUGCCCAUCGUCAUGGACGUGCAGCGCUCCUCCGGAGUUUUCCUUGUUGUGUUGCUCCUGUCACAUCUUGCUGAAGGCCAGACAGAGGCAGAAGGAAAUCAGGGGCUGGUCCUGGUAUCGAGAUCAGGUCCAUGUCCUGUGACCCUAUCCGGACCGGAAGGUACAUGGAAGAGCCCUGGGUACCCUCAUAGUUUUGUCCCACCCGUUCACUGCGAAGUGCUUCUGGAAGCUCCCCGACAUCGUCUCAUUCAGCUAGAGCUGGCAGACGUGACAUUGUACGACGAAAACGAAAGGUGCCAUCACGGUUCAAUGCUAAGAGUCAGAGAUGGAAAUACCACAGAGUCAUCCCUGCUUGGGUCUUUUUGCGGAAACCAGUCUGAGCCUCAAAUGCUGACUACGAGAGGCAGGCAUAUUCUAAUGAUGUUUAUUGCACAGAAGGGAGCACCAGAAGGGGAGUUCUUCGUCAGGUUCAAACACAUCGUCGAUGUAUUCGGCAAGCCGGUUGAAAUACAAGAUGGCGAUGGCGACGACGAUGGAGGUAAAGUUGUUGGUGGCAAGGACGCUAAAAGGGGAUCCCACCCAUGGCUGGCUCUGUUCAAGACAUCUUCUGACCCAGGCUACUGCGGCGGAGCUCUGCUGAACGACCACUGGGUUCUUACAGCGGCACACUGCGUCGCACCAGACUCCUUGUUGGGCUCCAACAGCAAUACGAUGAUACUCUUUCGCAAACAUAACCAGUUCAAAUCGGAGCCUGGGCAGCUCAACGCUCGAAUGAAGAGAGUUCUCAUACAUCCAGACUACAACAUCAGGAACAAGGAUUCGGACAUUGCCCUGGUGGAACUGGAUUCCAGCAUAGCGUUCAACGAGCUCAUCCGCCCCAUAGCGCUGCCCGAUGCAGAGUUUGCCGAGAAGACGUUCUUCGCUCCGCAUGAUGUCAGUGGCACGGUAGCAGGAUGGGGCCGAACUGAAAAGCAGCCGUACGCAGACACGCUUCAAGAGAUCCGGGUUCCCGUCAAGAAGCGAAUUGAGUGCAGGGCCUCGACUGAUGUUGAGGUGACAAAGAACAUGUUCUGCGCGGGAUACUCAAGCGGAAAGGCCCACCAAGACUCGUGCGAUGGAGACAGUGGUGGACCGUUUGUUGCCGAGUCUGGUGGGAAGCAUUAUGUGAUAGGAAUUGUCAGCUUUGGGGAAAGCAGCUGCCUUCACAAGGGAAAAUAUGGAUUUUAUACCAAAGUCAACAAGUUCACGUCAUGGAUCAAAGAACAGACAGGGAUAUAGACAAUAAAAAAAAAAGUGGGAUACUUCUGGAAGGAGCAUACUACGAUAGCAGCAUAGGAGCAUACUAUAGGAUGGAAGGAGCUACGAGUCAAGAUGAUGUUCAAAACAACUGGUGCUUCGACUGAUGAAACAAGAUGUUUAAAAUCCCCACCUCUCUCUCUCUCUUUUUUUGCAAUAUCUGAAUAAACAUAAGUAAUUAAAAA